GAUUGUUGAAUGCUUAAGAAAACUAAAAACAACAUGGGUAGAAGGGAAAUACAAAUUGGUACAAUUAAAACAGGAAAAUUAUAAAAAUCCAAGGCGGUUGUUAAAAUUCCAGCCAUGUUAAAUGUCUGCAGUAUGCAAUAAAAAUUCGUGCAAGGAGACUACAAAAAUUUUUUUUUUUAUCAAAAUUUAAAUAUACUAGUUCAUUGGAAUAAUAUAACUAAAAAUGGAUUGGAACUGUUAUUCAUCAAACUGUGGACAACUAAAGGCAUAUGUAGCUAUUCAUUUCCUGUAAUUGAAGCAUAAGAUUUGUUUACUGAAAGUAUCUUUGUAUUCCAUGCGACCUCAUCCUUCAUCAGUGUGCAUUUAUUUAUAUUUAUGCAUGGUUGAUUUGGAUAUAUAGUAAUGGUCUUGGUGUGCAACGAGUGGCAACGAGACCAGACGCCAAGCACAUCAUCACCGAUACCAGGAUCAGGAGCAGUCGGAUCAACAGAAUUAAACAGAACAGGCACAGCCGACACGGCCACGGAAUUACCUCAGACGACCAGGUAUCUAUCCGGGGAAGGACAAGAACCGACUGGGAAGGCUCAUUACGCUUUAAAUAUGGAAACUGACAACAAAAAAGUGGAGCAGGACAAAUUUUUUCAUUUAAUGGAAAUAAACGAACUUGAUAUGGCUGAUAGUAUUAACGAUACGGUAGCUGAGAAGCAGGAAAAUAACAAUAUGGACGGUUGUGAUUCCAACACAGAAUGUAUUGACCGACGUCCGGAUGAAGUUUCCCAGCACGCUAUAAAUAUGGCAAUGAACUCUGUGCUGAAUGCAAAUAACACCGGGGUUGGAGCUCGUGUAACUACUGCCUGCAGUCUGUUCAGCCCACUAGGGCUACUAAACAAUAGUGCAUUACAAAGGGAUGUGGCAACGGAAUGCGGCACUUUACAGGUCGCUUCUGUACCCACAACUUCUACCGUAGAUCUAGACAUAGGAUCGGAAUCUGCCCCAACGGCAUGUAUGGAUGCUGCAAAAAUCGUAUUACAUUGCGAAGCAAAGUCUCAUAAGUUUGAGACAAGGUCUAUAUUUUUGCCGCCGAAUCAGGAUUGCAAGGUGGGUCGCCUUAUAGCUAAAAGCAAAGCGGGUGAGGGAAACGCUAUAUUUGACUGCAAAGUGUUGUCAAGAAACCAUGCGAUUCUGUGGUACACUCCAGAUGGUAAGUUCUGGGUCAAGGACACAAAAUCUAGCAACGGUACCUUUAUUAACGACAACAAGUUGGGCAGUGAUCCAGCGGAACUACAUUAUGGCGAUAUCGUUAAGUUCGGCGUUGAGGUAAUUGAGAAUUCACGCCAGGAGGUGCACGGCUGUAUCCUAGCCCGUGUUGCUCUGUUUCUACCCAAUGGUCAAGAGGCCAUUUCAAUCAAGGCAGACCAGAUGCUGUUGACGGUGCCUAACCGAAUCAGCUUUGACGAAGUGCAGCGCCUUAACGCCUUCCUCCAAGAAGCAGCACAAAGGGAAAAGUCUCUGAAAGCUAAAUUAAGCAGCUUGCAAGGCGUCCUUGAUACUACCAGAAAGAACUCUGCGAUGUGUUGGCAAAGCAUGAUAACUGAAGACCAAUUGCUGCACAAAAUAAAUUUUCUCGAAAAGAAACUACAGAUGAUGGAAAAGAACAUUCCAGAGAAUGCACUUCGAAACGAGAUUGUAAAGCUUCUUGAGGAUAAAACAACGUACCAGUUAACUGCCAAAGAGGCCCUGCGCAAGGUCUAUCAGGAACGCUGCGAUGCUAUGCAAAUGCUCUCUAAGAUGGAGAUGGCCUACGCCACUUCUGAAAACGAGUGCGACAUACUUCGCGCUCAAGUUCUAGCACUAAAACAGACACUGAAUGACUUUAAUUCUCGGUUAGAGGAACUUCAGCAAGAGUACAUGGAAUUCAAAAAGGAGUCCGUGCGCCAAGAACAAGACGCUAAGGAACAAGAAUCACUCAGUUUGGAGUUGCUAAAUGGGAAGCUAACGACGCAAGAGCGCGAGCUUAAGGAGCUUCGUCUACAGGCGUCGCGAAUCCAUCAUGUUAUAUCCGAGCCUGAUACUGAAAAUUUGAAGGAGCAAAUUGUUUCAAAGCACUUAGAUACAAUAAAUCUUGACGAUAACGAUUAUGCUCAAGGUAAUAAACGUUUAGACAAUUAUAUAUUGUCUGUGUCACAAGGUAAAGAUAUGUUAGACAUUGAUCACCAGACAGCAGAUUCCGUAUCACAAGAGAAGAAGUUGAAACUAAGUAAUCCCGAUUUACAACAGGUCAGUUUAAAAUCAAGCGUUUUAAAAUUGCUAAAAAACUCUGAUCUGGGCAAGGGCGAAGAAGGCUCUUCAGUGCUUAAAGCUAUUUUUAAUGGUGACGAUGGAGGCUUUGAAUGCAAAGUUAAUGAGGAUAUGGCAAAAGUUUCAGUUGCAACAGAGUUCGUUAGCAAAAAUACAUCUGAAAUCGUGAAUUACCCUAACAACUAUUCUUCAAGCACACAUACAAUUUUAAAAGAUUCGGCUGCAGAGAUUUAUCCAGAACUUGAUUUGGAAAGUAAGAAAGAGCUUGUAGGCGUUGAGGAAAAUCUUAAUAUUCAAAAUGCAUUGCCGACUGAGCAGGCUAUCGAUAUGUUACAUGAGGAAUGCGAAACCUACAAGAAAAAAACAGUCGAUUUAACAAGUGAAAUACACUUCCUGGAGGCGGAGAUCGAGCUAUUAAAGAAGCAACUUGGAAAAGACGUGGAUCACAAUUUUAAAGCAACCCUGCAGAAAAUCGGAGAGGAAAACAGUUUACCGCGUGAGACUUUAGAGCUAAUUGAUAAUGGAGAUAUCCCAGAAGAUGUUUGGAACGAGGACAUAGAAACCAUUAAUAAUCCAAAAGUAGACAACGAAGAAGAACUAAUUGUUUACAAGGAACUUCUUGAACAUACGGAGCUUGACAACAUGCAGCUUCGUAAAGAAAUCUCGGAGCUGCAAUUCAAGCAAAAACACAUCCCGUUGUUUAGUAAACAAGAGAUACUAAGUCGCUUUCUACCUCUUGGUUGUAUUAUCAUCGGUCUGUUCAUAUAUUUUCUUUCCAGUCGAAUUUAACCGCUGUCAUAGCUAAUGAAUUAAAAUCUCUUAUUUACACACUAUUGUUCUACACUGGGAAGACAGUACAUUCUGUUAAUGCUUGCGUUAUCGUCAAGCUUUAUUAAAUUUUUAUUUGCUUUUGUUUUUAAAAUCACUUCAAGCUCAAAAUUUAAGUCGUAAUGAUGAAAUAAUAAACCAGAGAAAAAAUUAUAUUUAA